AUGCCCCUUCGGUAUCCCUACCUCCUCCUCUCCCUCGGCCUCACCUCCCUCCUCCUCCUCACCGGCCUCCACCGCCCUUCCCCCUCUUCACCGACAUUUCAGCUCCCCGGCCUCCUCCCCUCCUACCUCUUCCCCUCUACACACCUCGUCUUCCCCUCUCCCCGCUUAAAGCGGGAACAAGAACGUCGGUACGCGCACCUCCGUCAUCCCCGGAUACCCCACUCGGACCGGAUCUCUCCCUCCACCCACGGUAAAUACCUCUUUGUCACCUUGACCCGGAACAUCGAGUCCCAACUCCCCGAUCUACUCAAUACCAUUGUUGUACUCGUCAACUUCCUCGGCGCCUCCCGGGUCAGGUUUAGUAUAUACGAAGGGCCCUCGUCCGAUGAGACACCGGCGAUACUGACCGACACCCUCGGUCCUAUGCUGCGGAAGCUGGGCGUGCCGGAUGAGGACGUGAUCAUCAAGACGGACAGGCCAGCGGUGGAUUUCAGCGCGGUGCAUAGGAUAGAGGCGCUGGCGGGGUUGCGGAAUGAGGCUUUGGCGCCCUUAUGGACGCAAGAGGGAUGGGGGGAGAGUACGGUUGCUGUGGUGUACUUUAAUGAUGUUUAUUUGAGAGCGAGGGACGUGUUGGAGUUGUUGCAUCAACAUACGAGGGCGGGGGAGAAGGCGGGGGCAGAGACGGGAAUGACGACGGGGAUAGAUUGGUGGAGGCGGCAUCCAGAGUAUUUCUACGAUGUAUGGGUAGCGAGAACUAUGCAAGGCGACCUCUUCUACCCCAUCUCCCCGCCCUCGUGGUCCCCCUCCGACGCCUUCCUCACCACCUCACCCGUCUCGCGCGAGGCAUACGACAAUCUACAGCCCUUUCAGGCGUUCGCAAGCUGGGCGGGCAUGGCCGUGCUCGCCGCUACGCCCUUUCUCGGAGCGAAUGGGCUGAGAUUCCGGCGGAGCGAUCCGAUGCGCAAGGAUGAGUGUGCUGGGUCGGAGUGCGAGUUGAUUUGUAGGGAUCUGUGGGAGAGGGGGUUUGGAAGAGUGCAGGUUGUACCGAGCGUGCAGUUGGCAUACGAGCGGGACGUCGCAUCCGAUAUCGUCUCGACACUCUCUACCCAAAUGGGCGAGUUGGGGUGGUAUGAAGAGACCCCAAAUCCACAGCAUGACCACACGAUCAACUGGCAGAGAGAACCGCCGAGCCAGGUGAAAUGUCAUGCGUGGCCCGAAAAGACGGGAUUGGAUGGGAAUGUGUGGGAGACGGUCGAGUGGGGCCCACCCUAUCCCGGGUUCGAUCUCUAG